AUGGCCAUGACAUCAUUCUCCGUCGAUGCCCUUCAAUCUCAGUGCCUUGUCGGGCUGCUUCUGUCUGUGCGCGACGUCAGAGACAUGUGCGCACCCAUCUUGGAGGGUGGCAUGUACUACAAGCUUGGGGGCAGCACUCGCCGAUCAGCCUGUGACGACGCGGUGCUGUUCACGUUGCUCGGGUGCGCCGCCACCCUUGCCUGCGCGCUCGUCUCAUCUCUGUCCUCCGUGGCCACGCGCAGUACUUUCGCUCUCGGCGCGUUCUCCGGCACGGUCGACGAGUCUGCCGACGUAGUCGACGAGCCUGCCCUGUGCUCUGCUGGCCUUGCUGUGCGACUAGUUUCGGCCGCCGUUUGUCGGUAG